AUGGUCGAGGUGUUGUAUGAGAUUACUGCCGCAGAGUUUGAGGAAUGGAACCCUAUCGUGACGGAGGUGGGCUCGGGUUGUGCACUGAUUCCUGAUCUAUACUUUUGUGUGGAGGUAGACUUUGUCCCUGGCACCUACACAAGCUUGCCCUCCAACUAUUUGAGUUACUAUCCGACCGUUUCUGUGUCUACGUCGCUUCCCAGCGCCAUUUCUAUGACCUCGACCUCCACGUCUACUUCAGCCUCAACCACGGCCUUCACUUCAGCGUCAACCUCAAUUUCAACCGCCUCGAGCACUAGUCAUUCUUCUUCGACCUCACAAUUACCUGCGCCUGAGUCUGCAACCACUCAAUCUUCUGGCUCAAUGACAGCCACUACUCCCAUCCAGAGCGGCACUUCGUCGACAUUACUUGCACUUCUCCCUGGCUGGAUGAUUGUUUCUGCGUUGGCAUCGCUGGCGGGAGCAGCUCGGUAG